UUUUGUAUUGCGCCCCUAGAGGCUUGCGACUUUACUGUAACAAACAAGCUUGAAACAAAACAAAUAUGGUGUCGCUUGUAAAAUCAGGAGUCGGAAGAUUGCAAUUCCAUUAAGUUUCAAUAAACUGAACUCGGUUGUGGAGCGAUAAGGUAGUAGUCACCUAGUGGACGUUAUUUCCCAUAGAUCAACAGUGCCGCCGCGCGGGAAGAAGUGGCAGCGAUCCAGCAGCAGCAGAGGCUGCUCAGAGUAACGCCUGUCCGCCUGCCUGCUCGCCUCCUGGGCGGCCGAUCUGUCACAAACACUGGCGUGGUCCACUCCGCUGGAUCUCACUAUUGGUCGGCCGAAAGAGAGAAUGAGAAGGGCGCCGCCGUCAUGUUGUUGUAACUGGCAUUCGAAGAGCUGAACAUCCGAGCGUUUAUCGCCACCGAGGUGUUCCUUGAGCGUGUCCAACAUGUCGGAUAAAAUGUCCAGCUUCCUGCACAUUGGGGACAUCUGCUCUCUGUAUGCAGAGGGAUCCACCAAUGGUUUCAUCAGUACCCUGGGUUUGGUGGAUGACCGCUGUGUGGUCCAGCCUGAUGCGGGGGACCUCAACAACCCUCCAAAGAAGUUCAGAGACUGUCUCUUUCGACUGUGCCCGAUGAACCGCUACUCAGCCCAGAAGCAGUUCUGGAAAGCAGCGAAGCCCGGCGGAAACACAGACACAGUGCUCCUUAACAAGCUCCAUCAUGCAGCUGACCUGGAGAAGAAGCAAAAUGACUCUGAAAACAAAAAGCUGCUCGGAACAGUCAUUCAGUACGGGAAUGUCAUUCAGCUUCUCCAUCUGAAGAGCAACAAGUACCUGACGGUGAACAAGCGAUUGCCAGCACUCUUGGAGAAGAAUGCCAUGAGGGUGAUGCUGGACACUGCUGGGAACGAAGGCUCCUGGUUCUACAUUCAGCCCUUCUACAAGCUGCGAUCCAUCGGUGACAGUGUGGUGAUUGGCGACAAGGUGGUCUUGAACCCAGUCAAUGCAGGCCAGCCCCUCCAUGCCAGCACACACCAGCUUGUGGACAACCCGGGAUGCAACGAGGUCAAUUCAGUCAACUGCAACACAAGCUGGAAGAUCGUCUUGUUCAUGAAAUGGAGCGACAAUCAGGAGAUCGUCUUAAAAGGGGGCGAUGUGGUACGCUUGUUUCAUGCUGAGCAGGAAAAAUUCCUCACAUGUGAUGAUCACAGGAAAAAGCAAUACGUGUUCCUCCGCACCACCGGACGGCAGUCGGCUACCUCUGCGACCAGCAGCAAGGCCCUCUGGGAGAUAGAGGUUGUGCAGCACGAUCCAUGUCGAGGGGGGGCAGGCUACUGGAACAGCUUGUUCAGAUUUAAACACCUGGCCACUGGACACUACCUGGCGGCAGAGGUGAAUCCAGAGUAUGAAGAGGAGGGUCUGGAGUCACGCCCCUCACUGGACUUGGAGCAAGAGGCCUUGCGGGCCCGUUUGAGAAAUGUGCAGGAUAAAGUCAUGUACACCCUUGUGUCUGUGCCGGAUGGAAAUGACAUCUCUUCCAUAUUUGAGCUUGACCCCACCACACUAAGAGGAGGAGACUCACUAGUGCCCAGGAACUCAUACGUGCGUCUCAGACACUUGUGCACCAACACAUGGGUUCACAGCACCAACCAACCCAUCGACAAAGAGGAGGAAAAACCUGUCAUGCUUCGCAUUGGCACAUCUGCACUGAAAGAGGACAAGGAGGCGUUUGCCAUUGUGCCCGUCUCGCCGGCCGAAGUACGAGACCUGGACUUUGCCAAUGACGCCAGCAAGGUGCUAGCUUCCAUUGCUGGAAAGCUGGAAAAAGGCACCAUCACACAGAACGAGAGAAGAGCAGUUACAAAGCUUUUGGAAGAUUUGGUCUUCUUUGUUGUUGACAUACCCAACAACGGACAGGACGUUCUGGAGAUCACCGUCAACAAACCAAACCGGGAAAGGCAGAAACUCAUGAGAGAGCAGAACAUCCUCAAGCAGAUCUUCAAGCUGCUGCAGGCCCCCUUCACAGACAGCGGCGAUGGCCCGAUGCUGCGAUUGGAGGAACUCGCUGAUCAGCGCCACGCUCCCUUCAGGCACAUCUGCCGACUGUGUUACCGGGUUUUGCGUCACUCCCAGCAGGACUACCGAAAGAACCAGGAGUACAUUGCCAAGCAGUUUCGCUUCAUGCAAAAACAAAUUGGUUACGAUGUUCUGGCAGAAGACACCAUCACUGCUCUGCUCCAUAACAAUCGCAAGUUGCUGGAGAAGCACAUCACUGCGGCAGAGAUUGACACGUUUGUCAGCCUGGUUCGCAAGAACCGAGAGCCUAGGUUCCUGGAUUACUUGUCUGAUUUGUGUGUCUCCAUGAAUAAGUCCAUCCCUGUGACACAGGAGCUUAUCUGCAACGCAGUGCUAGAUCCGACCAACGCAGACAUACUCAUUGAAACGAAACUGGUGCUGUCAAGAUUUGAGAUCGAAGGAGCAUCGCUCGGGGACAACUCUGAGGACUCGGAGGAAGAUGAGGAAGAAGUGUGGUUGUUCUGGAAGGAGAGCAACAAGGAGAUCCGCAGUAAAAGCAUUCGGGAGUUGGCACAGGACGCAAAGGAGGGCCAAAAGGAGGACCAGGAGGUGGUCAGUUAUUAUAGGUACCAGCUGAACUUGUUUGCGAGGAUGUGUUUGGACCGGCAGUACCUGGCAAUCAACAAAAUCUCUGGUCAGCUGGAUGUGGACUUGAUCUUGCGGUGCAUGUCGGAUGAAGACCUGCCAUAUGAUCUGCGAGCUUCGUUUUGCCGCAUGAUGUUGCACAUGCAUGUGGACCGUGACCCCCAGGAGCAGGUUACACCUGUCAAAUACGCACGGCUCUGGUCUGAGAUUCCCUCUGAAAUUGCUAUUGACGAUUAUGACAACGAUGGAACGUCCAAGGAUGAAAUCAAGGAGCGAUUCUCACAAACGAUGGAGUUUGUGGAGAACUACCUGAGAGAUGUGGUGUGUCAGAGCUUUCCUUUUGCAGACAAAGAGAAGAAUAAGCUCACGUUUGAGGUGGUAAAUCUGUCCAGGAAUCUGAUUUAUUUUGGAUUUUACAACUUCAGCGACCUCCUGAGACUCACCAAGAUCCUCCUGGCUAUUCUAGACUGUGUCCAUGUGAGCACAAUCUUCCCUUUCAACAAGAUGGACAAAGGAGAUGAGAGCAAAGGCAGCAAUGUGAUGAGGUCCAUUCAUGGCGUCGGAGAGCUGAUGUCACAGGUGGUCCUUCGAGGUGGCGGCUUUCUGCCCACUACAUCACCCAUCAUAUCCAACGGAAGUGAAGCGAAGUCUCAAACGGAACCAGAGAAGCAGGACAUACUGGUCAUGGACACCAAACUGAAGAUAAUUGAGAUCCUGCAGUUCAUCUUAAAUGUGCGCCUGGACUACAGGAUCUCCUGUCUGCUGUCUAUAUUCAAAAGGGAGUUUGAUGAGAGCAACUCCCAAAGCGAUGUAUCCAUCGCCGGAACAGUAGAAGGUCCAAACAACAUGCCAGGAGCGUUGGACUUUGAGCACAUAGAAGAACAGGCAGAGGGAAUAUUUGGAGGAAGUGAAGAGAAUACUCCCUUAGACCUGGACGAUCAUGGAGGUCGGACAUUCCUGAGGGUCCUUCUCCACCUGACAAUGCACGACUAUCCUCCUCUGGUGUCCAGGGCCCUCCACCUUCUUUUCCGCCACUUUAGUCAAAGGCAAGAUGUUCUGCAGGCAUUCAAGCAGGUCCAGUUGCUGGUCACCAGCCAAGAUGUGGAGAAUUAUAAACAAAUUAAGUCUGACUUAGACCAGCUGCGCUCCAUUGUGGAGAAGUCCGAGCUAUGGGUUUAUAAGAGGCAGGGUCCGGAUGAGGGUUUGGAUGUAGGAGAAGGUCUGUCUACUGAGUCAGAGCAUAAUAAGGGGGAGUCCGGAGGAGCUGAAAAACCGAAGAAACCAGAGAGUACCAGCAGUUACAACUACAGGGUAGUAAAAGAGAUCCUCCUGCGCCUCUGCAGGCUUUGUGUGCAGGAGGGUCAGUCGGGUAGGAAGAGCAAGAAGCAGCAGCAGAGGUUACUGCGGAACAUGGGGGCUCACGCUGUAGUACUUGAGCUCCUGCAGAUCCCUUAUGAGAAGGGUGAAGAUUUACGCAUGCAGGAUAUCAUGAAAUUAGCCCAUCAGUUCCUGCAAAACUUCUGCGCAGGGAACCAGCAGAACCAAGCUCUGCUUCACAAGCACAUCAAUCUUUUCCUCAAUCCCGGCAUUUUGGAAGCCAUCACCAUGCAGCACAUAUUCAUGAACAACUUCCAGCUUUGCAGUGAGAUCAACGAGCGUGUGGUUCAGCACUUUGUCCACUGCAUCGAGACACAUGGUCGCAACGUCCAGUACCUCAAGUUCCUGCAGACCAUUGUCAAGGCGGAGAAUAAGUUCAUCAAGAAGUGCCAGGACAUCGUCAUGGCCGAGCUGGUGAACGCAGGCGAAGACGUUUUGGUCUUUUAUAACGACCGCGCCUCCUUCCAAACACUGCUGCAGAUGAUGCGGUCCGAGCGGGAUCGCAUGGACGAGAACAGCCCGCUGAUGUACCACAUUCACCUGGUUGAGCUCUUGGCCGUCUGCACUGAGGGCAAAAACGUCUACACAGAGAUUAAAUGUAACUCACUGCUGCCACUGGAUGAUAUUGUACGAGUGGUCACCAACGAGGAUUGCAUCCCAGAGGUGAAGAUUGCCUAUAUCAACUUCCUAAACCACUGCUAUGUGGACACUGAGGUGGAAAUGAAGGAGAUCUACACCUCCAAUCACAUGUGGAAGCUCUUUGAGAACUUCCUGGUUGAUAUUUGCAGAGUCUGCAACAAUACGAGUGAUCGCAAGCAUGCCGACACCAUCCUGGAGCGCUACGUGACAGAGACGGUGAUGAGCAUCGUGAACACUUUUUUCAGCUCGCCUUUUUCUGACCAGAGCACCAGCUUGCAGGCAGCCGUCAGAAAGAAUGCUUCUCUAUUGGGGAAGAUUUUCCAGACCAGACAGCCGGUCUUUGUGCAGCUGUUGCAGGCGGUGUUCAGGGUCUACCACUGCAACUGGUUGUUUCCUGUCCAGAAAGGCUCUGUGGAGAACUGUAUCAAAGUCCUAUCAGAUGUUGCCAAAGGGAGGGCCAUCGCCAUUCCUGUUGACUUGGACAAUCAGGUGAACAACUUGUUUGUGAAAUCCAACAACAUUGUGCAGAAGACAGCAAUGAGCUGGAGACUUUCCGCUCGCAACGCCGCCCGCAGGGACUCGGUGGUGACGGCAUCACGCGACUACAGGAACAUCAUUGAACGCCUGCAGGACAUUGUGUCAGCACUGGAAGACCGCCUGCGUCCUUUGGUCCAGGCUGAAUUGUCCGUGCUUGUGGACGUGCUGCAUAGGCCUGAGCUGCUCUUCCCGGAAAACACCGACUCACGUAAGAAAUGUGAGAGCGGAGGCUUCAUAUGCAAGCUGAUCAAGCACACCAAGCAGCUGCUGGAGGAAAAUGAAGAGAGAUUGUGCAUCAAAGUUCUGCAAACACUUAGAGAGAUGAUGACAAAGGACCGUGGUUAUGGAGAGAAGCUCAGGGCCUUUGAUGAUGAGAUGGAUAUGCCAAAGCAGCUGGAUCAGAACCAGCCUGAGAAGCUGUUGGAGGACCAGAAAAGGGGCGAGGCGCUGAGGCAGAUUCUGGUGAACCGUUACUAUGGCAACUUCCAUCGGAGUGGUGGGCGGAGGGACAGCUUGACGUCAUUCAGCAGUGGCCCCCUAAGCCCCGUUGGACCCAGCAAAAACCAGUCAGUGUUAGGGGGACCCGGGGCGCUGAGUCGUGGUGAAAUGAGCCUGGCAGAGGUGCAGUGUCAUCUGGACAAAGAAGGAGCCUCUGACCUAGUGAUCGACCUUAUCAUGAACACCACCAGCGACAGAGUCUUCCAGGAAAGCAUCCUCCUGGCCAUUGCUCUGCUCGAGGGCGGGAACACCACCAUCCAGCGUUCUUUCUUUUGCCGUCUGACCGAGGACAAAAAGUCGGAAAAGUUCUUCCGAGUUUUCUACGACCGCAUGAAGUUGGCUCAGCUGGAGAUCAAAGCCACGGUGACGGUAAAUACCAGUGACCUCGGCAACCGGAAGAGAGAUUACGACAGCCAGGACAAAGACACCCCCGUCCGCAAAAAAGCAAGAGAAUCUGCAGUGGUCAUGACAGAGGAAGUGCGAGAGCAGCUACUGGAGGCCUCGUCCGCCACCAAGAAGGCUUUUAACUCAUACCGGCGUGAAGCCGACCCGGAGGAACACUUCACCUCUGCAGAUGGCCAGCCAAGCACCGGGGACAAGAACCAGGACGAAGGAGAGAUGAGCUACGUUAUUGUCAUUAUGCAGCCCAUCCUUCGUUUCCUGCAGCUCCUCUGUGAGAAUCACAACCGUGACUUGCAGAACUUCCUUCGUUGCCAAAACCACAAGAACAACUACAACCUGGUGUGUGAGACGCUUCAGUUCCUGGACUGCAUCUGCGGCAGCACCACAGGAGGUCUGGGCUUGUUGGGACUGUACAUCAACGAGAAGAACGUUGCCCUCAUCAACCAAACUCUGGAGAGCCUGACUGAGUACUGCCAAGGUCCCUGCCAUGAAAACCAAAACUGCAUUGCCACUCAUGAGUCCAAUGGUAUCGAUAUCAUUAUUGCUCUGAUCCUGAAUGAUAUCAACCCGCUUGGAAAGAAGCGAAUGGAUCUGGUGUUGGAGCUCAAGAACAACGCCUCCAAAUUGCUGCUUGCCAUCAUGGAGAGCCGCCAUGACAGCGAGAAUGCCGAGAGGAUCCUGUACAACAUGAGGCCAAAAGAACUGGUGGAGGUGAUCAAAAAGGCCUAUCUGCAGGGAGAGGUUGAGUUUGAAGUCGCAAAGGAGGAAGAGGAUAACGGUGAUGAGGACGAGGAACAUGAUGCCGCAUCCCCCAGAAACGUUGGACACAACAUUUAUAUCUUAGCUCACCAGUUGGCUCGUCACAAUAAAGAGCUGUCCAUGAUGCUGAAGCCAAUAGGAGCCAGUGGAGAUGGAGACGAGGCCUUGGAGUUUUAUGCCAAUCACACCGCUCAGAUCGAGAUUGUGCGCCAGGACCGCACCAUGGAAGAGAUUGUGUUCCCGGUGCCCAACAUCUGUGAGUUCCUGACCUCGGAGUCCAAGCUUCGGGUGUACUACACCACCGAGAGAGAUGAGCAGGGCAGCAAAAUUAACGACUUCUUCAUGCGGGCAGAGGACCUCUUCAAUGAGAUGAAUUGGCAAAAGAAGCUGAGAGCCCAGCCAGUAUUAUACUGGUGUUCCAGGAACAUAUCCGUGUGGAGCAACGUUUCCUUCAAUCUGGCCGUGCUCAUGAACCUACUUGUCUGCUUCUUCUACCCGCUGGAGGGGAUACAUGGAGGUACGCUGGACUCCCACCUGUCUGCUCUGCUGUGGAUAGCAGUAUUGGCAGCGCUCGUUAUCGUGAUCAUCAUGCCCCAGUCUCUUAGUGUCCGAGCCCUCGUCAUCGCCACCAUCCUCCGUCUCAUCUUCUCAGUCGGCCUGGAGCCCACCCUCUUCCUUCUCGGCGCUUUUAACGUGUGUAAUAAAAUAAUCUUCCUAAUAAGUUUCUUGGGAAACCGUGGCACUUUCAGCCGUGGCUACAAAGCCAUGGUGAUGGACUUUGAGUUCCUCUACCACUUCAUCUACCUGCUCAUCUGCAGCCUGGGGGUAUUUGUCCACGUCUUCUUCUACAGUCUGCUGCUAUUUGACCUGGUGUACCGAGAGGAGACUUUGCUGAAUGUCAUCAAAAGCGUGACACGCAACGGCCGCUCCAUUGUUCUGACCGCUGUGCUGGCCCUCAUUCUGGUCUACUUGUUCUCCAUCGUCGGCUACAUUUUCUUCAAAGACGACUUCAUCCUGGAAGUGGACCGCAUUCCGAAUGCAACUUUAAAAAACGGAGCCAGCAUAGCCAGCGAGUUUUUAUCUCAGAGAAUGUGUCGGGCAGGAGUUGAUGAAAACUGCACAGCAGCGAGCACGCUUGAAGACAUUGACAAUGACGAAGCACAGGACAGCGACAUGGAACGGACGUGUGACUCUCUGUUAAUGUGUAUCGUCACUGUCCUGAGUCACGGCUUGAGGAGCGGAGGGGGCGUCGGUGAUGUUCUACGCAAGCCUUCCAAAGAGGAGCCUUUGUUUGCAGCCAGGGUCAUAUAUGACCUGCUCUUCUUCUUCAUGGUCAUCAUUAUUGUCCUCAACCUCAUCUUUGGUGUCAUCAUUGAUACCUUUGCCGACCUGAGGAGUGAGAAACAAAAGAAGGAAGAGGUCCUGAAGACCACCUGCUUUAUCUGCGGACUGGAGCGGGAUAAGUUUGACAACAAGACGGUGACGUUUGAGGAGCACAUUAAAGAAGAGCACAACAUGUGGCAUUACCUGUUCUUCAUUGUCUUGGUGAAAGUCAAAGAUUCAACAGAAUACACCGGCCCGGAGAGCUAUGUGGCGGAGAUGAUCAAGGAGCACAACCUGGAUUGGUUUCCAAGGAUGCGUGCCAUGUCUCUGGUGAGCAGCGAUGCGGAGGGCGAGCAGAAUGAAAUCAGGGGCCUGCAAGAGAAGUUGGAGUCCACCAUGAGGCUGGUGGCCAACCUGUCUGGACAACUGACCGAGCUCAAGGAGCAGAUGACCGAGCAAAGGAAGCAGAAGCAGAGGAUUGGUCUUCUUGGUCAUCCCCCCCACAUGAACAUCAACCCCCAGCAGCCUGCCUGAGCUUCUCCUCAAGGUUGAAUGUUAAAAUGUGUUAACAUUCAGUGUGGGUUCAGAUGAAGGAGGGAAUGAGUAACCGUUCACCGUGUCAAGCGCACGUUAGUCACGUUACUCAUUGUCUGCAGCGCGUGUGCGUGUGUGUCUGUGUCUGUGUCGUGUCCACCAAGUGCCUCAGGACCCGGGAUGUCAGCCAUGUUGGCUUUAGGAGAUAAAAAAAAAAAACACUGAUUUCAGCCUUUUGGCAUUGCACCACGCUGACCAAAUGCCAAAGUGUUCAGCCAAUUGUUGCUUUCGUGGGGGCUUGUAUUCUCCGUGUUGCACCGGCACAUUCAGGUCACACUUCGAUGUUCAAUUUCAUGUGCACACACCAUUUGUUCAUGUACAGCAAUACUUUACAAUAUUUUCAUUGGGGAAGCUACAGUACGUAACUAAAUACUUAUUUACUUAUUGUUAUUGAAUGACUCCCUCCAGGACACUGGAAUAUGAUUUCAUUGACAGCCGACUAUUAGAAUACAGCUGUAGCAGGGAGUAAGACAUGUGACUGCCUCACUGUGUCAUGCAUUCUUUAGCAAUAUGAGCAAAAAAAAUGGUAGCAAUGUUUAGUUCGAUUUAUUAAUCUUACUUUUGCACGUAUUUAAUCCCUUUGAAUUCAUUAUUCCUACAGCACUGAUUGUUUGGUGUAGCACAGCUAUAUUUUUUGUAGAUGCACAAAAGAGUGAAUGUGUGGGGAGAAGUUGGUGUGCUGUUUCACCAGACUUUUUUGUAUCUGGAUUGUACAUUCUUUGUUUAUUUGAAUAAAGUAAAACAAUA